AUGCCAGAGUCCUGCACCCACGCCGGGGUGCUGUCCCCCCGGCCCCCCCACGAGGACCUGGAGCGCAUGGGCAGCGAGCCGGUGACGGGGAACCCCUCACCCAUCACCCCCGAGUUCGUGCCACCACCGCCCGAGGCCACCGGCAAGGACAUCAUCCCCGUCUACUGCUCCCUCCUGGCCGCCGUGGUGGUGGGACUCCUCGCCUACGUGGCCUUCAAGUGCUGGCACACGUGCAGGCAGAAGCAGCAGCUGGCCAAGGCGCGGGCAGGGGACUUGGGGACGUCACCCGAGGGGGAGAAGCUGCACAGUGACAGCGGGGUCUUCCUCGACACCCACAGCCUGCAGGAGCCCCACCAGCCCGGCAAGGCCCCCCGUCCCGAAGGGCACCCAUUCAGCACGGUACCAGUGCAGCGGCAAGAGGAGCUGGAGCGGCUGCUGGAGAGCGGGGGUCCCGGGGGGGACUGGCGCAGUUUGGCCACCCGCCUGGGUUUCAGCCCCGACGCCAUCGGCACCUUCGGCCGGGGCCGAGCACCCGCUCGCACCCUGCUCAGCGCCUGGGCCGGCGCCGAGGGGGCCACGUUGGAGACCCUCUGCCAGGCUCUGGUGGCCAUCGGACGGCAGGAUGCGGCCCGGCGCUUGGCGGGACCGGGGGACGCCACGUCUGCCGUGUGA